GAUCAGAUGGGCCAGCUAGAAAAGUCUCUCACGUCUGUCCCAGAGAUUUCUUUUUAUUUUCUCGCCGAGAAAGUGACGGAAAACGAAAUCCAAACUGGAUAAAUCUAAAACCUAAAACCUAAAGUAGUGAUUUUGCUACAUUGGAUGAAAAGAGACAUGACUCUGCUUCCGAUUUCAAUCUUCUUCUUCUUCUUCUUCUUCUUCUUAUUAUUUUGCGUUCCUUUGUCAUUAAUCGCCGCCGCCGCUGCAGAUGACGAUAAACCGACGGCGUACACUCUCCUCCAAAGCUUCAACUUUCCCGUCGGGAUUCUUCCUAAAGGAGUCGUAUCAUAUGAUCUAGAUCCAUCCACUGGUAAAUUCCACGCCUAUUUCAACAAAUCGUGUAGUUUCGCUCUUCAAGGUUCUUACCAAUUGGAUUACAAAUCGACAAUCUCUGGUUACAUAUCGGAGAACAAGAUCACGAAACUUACCGGCGUGAAGGUGAAAGUUCUCUUCUUGUGGCUCAACAUCGUUGAAGUUAUUAGGAACGAAGACGAACUCGAGUUCUCCGUCGGGAUCACAUCGGCGAACUUCGAGAUCGAUGAGUUUUACGAGUCGCCACAGUGUGGUUGCGGAUUUGAUUGCAAAACGAAGACGAAGACUUUGGGAAGAAACCCUUUUGUUUCUUCGGUUUAAAGGAUUGAACCGAUGAAUUGUAUUUAUGAACCGACCAGGAAUAAAACGGUGGUGGGAAAAGUUGUUUCUUAUGAUGAAAGAAUUGGCAUACUCAUUACUGGCUUGUGUGUUGCUACUGUUGCAUCCAAUGAAUGUUUAUGAAAUGUUAGAUCUUUUGUUCC